AUGUGCAUAGUGCGCUCUCCUUUGAAGUACUCAAAACUUGCUGACGACAUAAAGCUGAUAACAUCCAUGGAGCACAAUAGCAACAUCAACAUUAACAAGUCGUUGAAUAUUGUCAACAAGUUGAAUAACAACAACAACUGCAGCAACCACAAUCGUGGAAUAGCCCUACAGAAUUAUCUCUUUCUUGAAAAUUUAAAAACUGCUUGUGAAUCUGCAACUGCUCAUGUUCAUACAGGUUCCAGGGUCAUAUCACACAAUAACAAUAAUAACGUUGACAAUGUCCACAAAGACGUCACCGCAUCUGCGUUGUCGACGACAUGCCCGUCAACUACAACAACUCCAUCUGUGCUACCAGCCACAACAUCAAUGCCACAGAGAAACGACUGCCACGGCACUUCGCUACCGCAGACAGGUUUUCCUACAACCUUAACAUCAUCAAAACCAGCAGAUGCAACACUAGCAACUCAUUCACAACACUACCACCAACAACAACAACUUUCAAGCUCAACAUCAGCAACCGACCUACAUUUAAGAGGUCUGGUUGAUGGUUUGACACGUUUCUUUACGCCAUCAAACAAGCGCUCCUCCAGAGUGUCUAGGAACGCCAUACAGCAGCAGCAACAACAACAACAUUCUCAACAACCACCAUUGCCAAGUAUGAACAGUAGCACAACUGCAGCUUUUAAAACAUCUACCAAAAGAAGAAGACAAAAUAAUUGCAGCUUAGAGAAGAGCAUAUCUGAAAUUAAGAUGAACAUGUUGAGUGACAAGUUAACAGCAAUCAAGAAUGAACCUGAUGAUGAGCUGUACAAUUCACUGCUGUCAACAUCAGUUGCCACUACCUUAUCAUGCCAGUCACCAUCAUCUACAACUUCCUCGUCAGCGCUGUCACUCUCACCAUUAUCACCAUUGUCACCAUCAUCAUCAACAUUUUUUUUAUCGUCAUCUUCCGUUGUCCCCUCUAUCACAACAUUAGCAUCAUAUUCAUCAUUGUCAGCAUCUUCAAGCACUUCGACAAUGAUGCUGGUUUCACUGCCUUCAUCACCUUCGAUUAUGACUGCAGCAACGGCAGGUACAGCCUCAUUCGUUACCACAUCUACCAACGGCACAACUACUACAACAGCCACAACAUCUGCUCAAGAUUUAAAUUAUCCAUCACUUAAUUUCAUUAUCUCAUCAUCGCUACCUACUCAAACGACAGCCACAAAGACGAAGUCAUCUACCAGACGAAUCUCAUCGUCAUCGUUGACCACUUCCGGCACGACGACCACCCACACUCGCAAACCACAGCGAGAACAGCUUAUUGAUGGACUUUCUCAUUUUUUUACCGCUCAAGGCAAACGCCGAAGUCGCAACUACGGUAGCAGCAACUGUGGCUUGCACAGCAACUACAACUUAUACAAAGACUACGUAUACAAUUCAUCAGACGAGACAACGUGCACAUCUAGAUCAAGGUCUAACUCUAGCAAUAGGUCAGCCGAUACAGCCCUCCGUGUCAGGACUUCAGUCGCAAACAAUUGUUCGUCACUCAGAAAACGGAUGCUGCAAUCGCCCUGUUCUGAUCACGAAGUUGGUUCUGUAGCCCCGACCUUGUCAACGAUCACCGAGAUCUCUCCUAUCAAGUUACAACAGCCAUCUUCUUCCUCUUCCGCUCAUCUGCCACAUUUGAUGAAUUCCGUCUUGUUAUUAAAUUCGUUGAAACGGUCAUUAUCGUCAGCUGUACCAUCAUCUUUGCCCUUAUCAUUAGUCACUUCCAUAAAACCUGUGACAUCACCGUCAUCAUCGUUCUCUUUUCCACCUUCAUUAUCACCUUCAUUGGUUUACUCAUCGACUGAUAAAGCAAAUAAUGCACCAACAAACUCUAAGCUUUGUGGUAAUAAUCCUGCUCUUUUGUCAUCGUCUCCAUCGUUAUUACCUUCAAAUACGUCAUUUACGGCAUCGUCGUCGUCAUCAUCAUCGUCUGUCUUGCGAGUUCCACAGGCCAUCAGCAGGUUGAGAUCAACAAGAUGGAUGAGUAACACUCGUAAACGACCACCUACCUUGCAACUAUCAAUCAGUGAUAGUGAGAAGGAGGAAGGGAAUGAUGGUUGCAAUUCCACUAAGAGCAAAAAUUAUAACCACAGUAAAGUUAUUAAAAAGACAGCAAAUCAUUUCAUCUGCAAUGAGAGAGUAAACGUUAAUAGGACAUUAGAUUGUAACAAUAACAUUAGCAAUAGCUGUAAAAAUAUUAUAAACAGUAAUAGUCUUAUAUCAGUUGUCUCCACUAAUAAUAACAGUGAUGAUGGUAGUAGUACAUCAAGAAGCAAAGAUGAGACACACAUACUACUAUCUUCAUCAUCAUCAUCAUCAACAACAACGUCCCAGUGCCACAGAAAUCGCAAGCUGCAACAACAUUCAACAGCCAGUCAUGAAAAGAGGAACAAACCAAGCCCAUGUGUUGUGACCAGUAAAAUUCUUCAACUUACACCUGGUUAG